AUGCAGUUGGAUCAAAUGAGAGAUCUUAAAGAAUUUAUUGAGAAGAGUGAGGCUCAGAAGCAAAAUCUUAAGAAAGAGCUUCAGCAAACUAAAGCUGCAAAGUUAGGGCUUAAAAAUGCUUUUGAGGAGAGUGAAUGCCAGAAGAAGGACCUCCAGGAAGGCCUUCACAAAAUUGUUGGGCAAAUGAUCAGGGAAGUGCUUGAAACUAGUGAGACUCAGAAGGAACAGAUUAGGAAAGUGUAUGAGCAGAUUAAAGAUGGAAAGCUAGAUGUCGAGAAAGCUCUCGAGGAGAGUGAACGCCAGAAGAAGGAGCUCGAGGAGGUGCUUGCAAAGAGUGAGGCUCAAAAGGAACAUCUUGAGAAAGAGCUUGAGAAGAUUGAAGAUGAAAAGAUGCAGCUCAAGGAAGCUCUGGAGGAAAGUGAGCUGAUGAAAAGACAACAAGUGAUAGUUUUUGGCCAGAAGGAACAACUUGUGAAGGCAGAGCUUAACAAGAAAGUGCUUCAGCUGCAGAAUGAAGCUGAUCAAAGCAAGGAGCUUAACAAACGCCUUGAGCAAAAGCUAGGGCAUACUGAAAUGCGCAAGAUGUUACUUGAGAACGCUCUUAAGGAUAGAGAUAUUCAACUGCAAGAAAUGAGAUUUGCUUUAGAGCAAAAGCAAAAUGAAGAUGUGGUGGCAGAUUUGUCGAAAGAACCAAAGAAUCGGGAGAGUUCGAAGAAAGAGAUUACAUCUAUCAACAGUGAAAUGGAGUAUCUUCAUUAUGUCAACAAGAAAAGCACAGAAGAGUUGGAUGUUGCUGAUGUUGCUGCUGCUGCUGAUGAUGAUGAUGAUGAUGAUGAUGAUUGGCUUAAAAUUUGA